AUGCCGGUGGGCGGCGGAGGGGCGGUGCGGCCCCCCGGCGGGGCGCGUUCUCUCAGCCCCACCGCGCUGUCCCGCAGCUUGUCUCGCUUGCGCGAGCACCGCUCCCGCUCGCGGGCCAUGCUGGCCUUGGGGGUCACGCAGAUGGUGCUCGGCUGCCUCAUCGUGGCUGUCAGCUUCGCCGCCCUAGCGCUCACCACCUCGGCCCGCGUCCGCCACUCCUGCCCCUUCUGGGCCGGCUUCUCGGUGCUGUUGUCAGGAUUGAUCGGUGUUGUUUCAUGGAAGAGGCCCCUUUCACUUGUGAUAACCUUUUUCAUGCUGCUGUCUGCAGUGUGUGUAAUGCUGAACUUGGCUGGUUCCAUUCUCUCUUGUCAGAAUGCUCAGCUGGUAAAGUCCCUGGAAGGAUGUCAGUUGAUUAAGUUUGACAGUGAUGGUGUCUGUGUUUGUUGUGAAAUGCAGCAUCAAACAUCAGGCUGCAGUAACCUUGGAGAAACGCUGAAACUGAACCCUCUGCAGGAGUGUAAUAUUGUGAGGCUGACCCUAAAGGACCUGUUGUUCAGUGUGUGCGCUCUCAAUAUCAUCUCCACCAUUGUCUGUGCUUUGGCAACAGCAAUGUGUUGCAUGCAGAUGGUUUCUUCUGAUCUUCUGCAAAUGUUUCUGCCACAGAGGCCACAUUCUACCAAUCCUGACUGUAUGACUCCACAUGGAACUAUCUUGCAUCAAACGUUGGAUUUUGAUGAGUUCAUACCACCAAUUCCACCUCCACCCUACUACCCACCAGAAUAUACCUGCACACCAGUGAUAGAGGCACAGAGAGGUCUCCAUUUGGAUUUCCCUCAUUCCCCAUUCAGUGCUUUAUAUGCAGUAACCAUUAACAGCCCAGGAAUGAUGUAUCCAACUGAGCUGCCUCCCCCUUAUGAGGCAGUGAUUGGAGAGACGCCUGCCAGUCAGGUCACUGGUGCUGAUCAGCAAAUAUCAGAGUCAAGCUUGGGUGAGAGGAACAUGACCGUGGACUUCAGUGCACAAGUUUCUGUCGAGAGCACCUCUUUUAUGGUCUCUGAGACUGUUGAUAUCCCAGACCAUAGCUACUCCUCCGAAGAUCUUUGUUCGCUGGAAGUUCAGGGGUCUCUCUGUUCUGCAGAUCUUUCUCCCUGCUCUGCAGCCCCCAAAGGGCUUAUGGACCAGAGCUGCAGCACCCACUGCAGGUUCCACAGAACUCACUCACAGGGUUUUCCUGACAAGGAUGACAGUUCCCACAGCCAAGCCUCUACUGACAGGUCUCAAGGACUGGAAAAGAACUGUGCCUGUGUCAGGUCCUUGGACUGUUCCUUGGAGAAUUUCAGCCUGUCAGAACUGCAGAAUUCUGCUCAAGGAAGCAAUGCCACACCACCUUUGAAGCAAAAGCAAAUCUGCUGUGCAGACAUCAGCCAGCCUCCUGUCCCUUCCCAGACUUCUCCCUGUUUUGGGCCCACAGAUACUUCGUCAUACGCGAGUGGCAAUGAGAGAACAGUCCAGCAGCAUCAUGUUACAAAUUGCCGAAGUUCAAAUAUAGUCCGAUCAACUAGUGACCCUGUAUCAUGUUCGUCUUGUACAGAAGGUGAUAAUUGUGCCUGGACUCCUAUAUGUAGCCAGUGUCAAGAUGCAGGAUUAUCUCCAGCUACAUUAGAAACAGUUCCUGUUUCUGGUUCUCAUAUGGCUGCCUCUGCUUGUCAGCAUUCUUUGAGCAGUGUCCUACCAACUGGAAAAAAAAGGGAUGCAAGGAAACUUGAUCUACACCCGAAGCCAAAGGCUUUGCACAGAGUUUCGAAAGAGCGACCAUACUCUUUAGUGGACCUUAAGACUUACAAAGACACAAAAAUUUUAGUGGCAAAAUUUUUGGAACAUUCAAAUUGUAAUCUCCCUCCAGAAGUACGUCAUGUAGUGAAUAGCAUACGAUCAGUGAUAAAAUCUGAUGAAAGACACAUGGAAGAAGCCAUCUUCAGUGCCAACAUUAUAGACCAGGUAAUUGCAAGUUCCCAGCAGAAUGUGAAUACCUCUAGAAACAGACUUCAAGAAGAAAUUCAUCUUCAGAGCUGUGGUGCUCUGAGCUCCCCAGUUGCAUUCUCACGUAGGUCCCAUAUCGCUCGCCAUUUGCAGCGGGACAGGCCUCACAGUUUAAUUGGAGUUUGCCGGGAGACCAUUCUUUGAUAAUAUUCACAGGUAUGUGAUCCCAGCAAAGAUAAUUACAGAAGAAACCAGGACUGGGAGAAAUACAAGUAGUGGAUGACUUAAAAAGGAAAAAGUGUCUUCUUUUGGAAUUCCACUUUUUUCACACAGCAGGAGGAGAACGCCUGUUUUUGAAUGUAAAUUUUGGCUCUCAUUUUUGCAAAUUUUAACUGAUUUGUAGUCAGAUCUCAACAAACAUUUUCCCAACCAGAAGCGUGUUUAUUUCACUGUACUUACAGAAAUGCUGCUAAUGCUGCCUAGCAUUUCUUGAAAAUCACUGCAAAAGUGCCAGAGACGGGCUGUACAACUUAAAAGUUGUAUUUAUUUAAUGUACCUCAAAGUGUUUUAACUACGAUCAGUGUUUUAAUAAAAAGUGUUUCCGGACUUUGCCUUCUCAACAACU